GUGUUCAGAGGCACCUGUGCAUGAGGAGAAGUUUGUUCUAUGGCCUCGGAGCUGGAUGCCAGGGAGGAUGGCAGCUGCUCAGAGCUGGCAAAACCCCUUUAUCUGCAGUAUCUGGAGAAAGCUCUGCAACUGGACCAGUUCUUACGACAGACAUCUGCCAUCUUUAACAGGACUAUAUCCAGCGAUGAAAGUGAAGAUGGAUUGGAUGACAAUCCUUUGCUGCCUCAGUCUGGGGAUCCCCUGAUGCAAGUUAAGGAAGAGCCUCCAAAUUCUUUGCUUGGGGAGUCUUCUGGAGCAGGGCAUUCCGGGAUGCUGAACACACAUUCCCUGAAUGGGGUGCUGCAGCCAGAACCAAAGUCUGAAAAAGGGAGCUUGUAUAACUUUUCCAAACUGAAGAAAAGCAGAAAAUGGCUGAAGAGUAUCCUUCUGAGUGAUGACUCCAGUGACACAGAUUCACCAAGUGAUGAGGAUGGAGAGGAGGAAGAAGAAUUUUCCCUUUCAAGGGAGGAACUUCACAAUAUGCUGCGAUUACACAAAUAUAAGAAACUGCAUCAAAGUAAAUAUAGCAAAGACAAAGAGCUGCAGCAGUACCAGUACUACAGUGCAGGGCUGCUGUCUACCUACGACCCUUACUACGAGCAGCAGCGCCACCUGCUAGGGCCCAAGAAAAAGAAGUUUAAAGAAGAGAAAAAGUUAAAAGGUAAAGUCACUAAACCCUGUGUUUUUAAAUG